GCCAUGUUUUUGUUUAUUUUGUAUCUUUACCAUGUUUAUUGUUAUCAGUGUCCGGGUCAUACGUUUACUGAAACAAGCAAAACGUGCUUAUUAUUUAAUGGAAAGAAAUUUUUAUUAAAUACAAUUAUCAAAUUCGUUUUUGUUAAGUUAUUGGUAUUAUUUUCAUAAUGGAUGAUAAAAACCAGAGAACUUUGUCUGUCAGUUCAGAUAGUUAUGAAUCUUCUAGUUCUUCUGAAAACGAAGAAUUAUCAAGUUACAUUUUUUACUGUAACCGACCAGAAUGGUCAGAUGUACAACCGAUUCUUCAAGAUGACGGUCCAACUCCAGUUGUUCGGGUAGCAUACUCUAGAAAAUGUGAGUAAUAUUAAAUGUAAAAAGCUUAACAACGUAUUUUAUAACCUCGCCAUGGGAGUAGGUAGAUACCUACCAAGUAUAUAGUAUACUAAUGUGCUUAUUAAAUUUCCAUUUUGAUAUUUGUUUAUUUAACAUUAUUUAAACACAGUUUAUACUAUAUUCGUAAUAUUUGAUUUAGUUUCAGAUGUAUACGACUAUUUGAGAGGUGUUCUUGCAACUGGAGAAAAAUCUGAAAGAACCCUUGAAUUGGUUACUACUGCCUUAAAAUUAAACCCUGCCAAUCAAACAGUAUGGAAUUACCGGUUUGUCAAUACUAUGUAAAAACUUACUUAAAUAAAAGAUGAUCAUGUUUUUUUUUUUUUUAGUUUGGAUAUUGUGUUAUAUUUAAAAGUAGAUUUACAUGUUGAAUUACAAUAUGUAUCAAAUAUGAUCCGUAAAUUUAUCAAAAAUUAUCAAGUAUGGUAUGUAUAAUAUGGUAUGAUUUUACAAAUUGGUUGAUUUAUUAUUAAAUGAUAAUUAGUUUAUACCCUAAUAAAAAAAUUCAGUAUUCAAUCUCCACAAAAAUAUUUUACAAUCAAAUUCAAUUCAUCUUCAAAAGUACAAUGUAAUAAGUAAAUUAUUUUAAAUUUGCUGACCAACAUUAUUAUACCUAAAUUUUAAUUUCAUUAUAUUUAUAUCACUAUUAUUGCAGGAUUAUUACAAUUAUUAUGACUCGCAAUUAUUAUUUCUGUAGAAAUUAUUUUUUUUAACUUGAAUCAUAUUUUAAAAUAACCCAUUAUAUUUUAUGUUAUGUUUUUAUAAGUAUAAUUUCUGUGCCAUAGUAAUUUAACAUUUUAGUUAUGAUGAAAAAAUCAUUUUGGUUGUGUAUAGACAGCCAAUCAUCUGUAGCAAAAAUGUAAAACUGAUAAUGUGUCAAUAGCCCUCAACAAUUCUACUCAUUAUCUAGUCCUUUUGACCAUAAGCUAAUUGAUUUUAUAUACACCCUAUUAUAAAAAAUAUAACACUUGUAAGUAAAUAAUAAAAAUGUAUCAUGUAAUGAAUUGCUUUGUAUAACCAUAAUCAGUGUUCAAAUUGAGGAGAAGACUCCAUACCUCAACUAAUUUUAUACAAAUGUUAAUAUUUCUCAACUGGACAAUACAACCACCCUAAAAGUGGAUAGUCAUAGGAAGAUUUCUGUUAGAAAAGUUUUUAACAGACAGAAAACAAAAUGUUUAGUUUAUUUUUAGAGUUUGAGCACUGGCUAUAAUAUAAUUUCAAGUAAUUUUUGUAUUAAUACCUUAGGCAUUAUCGUAAGAAUAUUGUAAAAAUAUUAAACGAUCCAUCAGCUGAAUUAGAAUUUACAGCAGAAAUUUUAGAUAUGGAUCCUAAAAGUUACCAUGCUUGGCAAUAUAGACAAUGGGUUCUCAGAAAAUUUAGGUAAAGUGUUUAAAAUUCUAUUAAAUUUUAUGGAAUUUUUUUAUUUAAAGUUAUAUCUUUUCUAUUUACAUUCCAAUUAAUUCAUAAUUUAUUUUUGUUUGCUGUAUCUAUUUUAGUCAUCUAAUAGAAAAAGAGAUGGAAUUUGUUGAUAAAUUAAUAUCACAGGAUAUUAUGAAUAAUUCUGCAUGGAAUCAACGUCAUUUUGUUAUAAACAAUUUAGCCUAUGAUUCUAAUAAAAUUGUAAAAGAACUUCAAUAUACCUUUGAUAAAAUAGUAAUUUUAUCAAAAAAUGAAAGUUCAUGGAAUUACUUAAAAGGGUAAUGCUGAUAAAUAAUUAUGUGAAAAUAUUAACUAAUAAUUAUUUUUUCAUUUGCUACCUUUACAUAGAUUAUUAUUAUUCAAAGAUAAUAAGAUCUUGGAGAAUAAAGUUCGUGAUUUUUGUACAAAAUUAUACAAUGAUGGAAAUAGAUCAGUACAUCUCAUAGCUUGUUUGAUUGAUAUGCUUGAUGCAGAUAUAAAAUCUACAGAACCUAAAAAUAUUGCAAAAGUUAAAUUUGCAUUAAAAGUAUAUUCAUUAAUUUCCUAACGAGAUAAUUGUUUAAUAAUUAAUAAUACUAUUUUUUUUUAGUUGUGUUCUGAUUUAGCAAAUGUCUAUGAUCCUAUACGGUGUUCUUAUUGGACAUAUAUAUGCAGUGAUAUUGAAAAAACAUACAAUAUUAAAGGGGAUGAUAAUAAAAUUGAUAAUAACGACAUAUAAUGGAUUCAGUCAAUACUACGAGUCAAUACGAGUAUAUUUUUAAAAAAUAUUGUACCUUGAUCUAAUUUUUAGUUGUAAGGUAAAUUGUUAAUAUUAUACAUUUUUUUUUUUUUUAGAGAGAUAAACAAAGUAAAUUUUAUUUUCAAUGUAUUAAUUAUCGUAACCAUUGAAUUUUUUGUAGCAAAUAAUUGAUUUUUUAAGUAUAAUAUAGUAUUUUACUAAGUACCUACAAGUAAUUUUAAAAAUUAAAAACUAAACAAUUUGUGUGUGUUGUAAAAUAUUUAAUCAUUCUAUUGUUAAGACAGUAUUUUCUUACUUUAAUUUAAAUCAAAAUGAAAAGUAACCUAAAUUGUGUAAUUUUGCGAAAAAUGAUUUAAUAGUUAAUAGAUUGCUUUUAUUUUAUUGGACCUAUUACAUUUCCGAGUUAAUCUUGAAUCUAUUAGAAAUUGAAAAGUCUAAAGCCGAUCAUUACCGAUUAAUAAUGGUCUAAUGGCAAUAAUUAAAAGUACUGAUUUUAAUUUUAAUUGAUAUGUAACAUUAAUUUAUAUUGAAUUAUGAUUUCAAUUUAAUGAACUGCAGUAUUUUAUAAGCUAUAAGUUCUAAAUAAUCUUUGUGCAUAUGUUAUACAACAUAAGUUUUAUUUUACUUUUUUAUGAAUAAAUAAAUAAGAAUUAAAAUUGAAUAUAUA